UUUCUCCUUUCAUCAUCAUUCUAUUACUUGUGCUUCUCUUCAGAUUAGUCAUCUUCAUGGUUUCAUUGUUUGUAGCUUAAGUAGUCUAGUUUGCUGGAGUGAUUCAUUGUGAUAGCUCCUUAUUUGUAAAUUUUGUUCAUGAGUGAUGAAAUCAUUCUGAAAGAAAAUGAUGAAUAAACUUAAUAAUAAUUUUUUUCUCAAUAUUAGAAGUUUUGAAAUAUGACCAGUUAGAUAAGUUGGCUUUCUAUACGACGCUGUGUUCAUUACAUUUAUACCAAAAAUUCUGUGUGUGUAUUUUUUUAGAUACAAAAUCGUGUUAGCAUCAGAAAACUGAAACCGGUAAGAAAAAAAAUGUUGAGAGGUCGAAGCGGAACCGUUAUCCGCCACAAUCUGAACCGGCUCCUACACGGGUCGGCGCCGGUCCGCCACCAAACUGGCCGAUCCUUCCAAAACCUGGCAUAUGAAGAGAUCAAAUCGUUGCCGGAUAAACCCUAUGAAUUCACGGCCUUCGUGCUACAUGGCCUCCUCGGCUCUGGUCGGAACUGGCGUUCCUUCUCUCGGUCCCUCGCUUCCUACCUCUCCCCAGCUGCUUGGAGGAUGGUACUGGUUGAUUUGAGGAAUCAUGGGAAAUCUGCAGAUAUAGAAGGACUUCUGCCCCCUCAUAAUUUGAAAAAUGCUGCAGAAGAUGUGGCUAAUUUGGUGAAAGCAGAAGGCUGGGAUUGGCCAGAUGUUGUUAUAGGCCACUCCAUGGGAGGAAAGAUUGCUUUGGAGUUUGUCCAAAGUUGUGCUAAUGGUGAUUACGGGCAUAAUGCUAGCUUGCCCAAACAGCUGUGGGUACUGGACUCUGUUCCUGGAAAUUUGAUCUCACGGAAUGAUGAAGGUGAAGUUGAGAAAGUUCUGCAGGUCUUGCAGAGUCUGCCACGGGAAAUACCAUCUAGGAAGUGGCUGGUGGAUCAUAUGCUGAAGCUUGGGUUUUCAAAGUCUUUAUCAGAAUGGAUGGGAAGCAACCUCAAGAAAUCAGGAGAACAAGAGACUUGGGCCUUCAAUCUAGAUGGCGCUGUGCAGAUGCUUAAAUCUUACAGUGAGACAGACUAUUGGCCCCUUUUGGAACACCCACCCAAUGGCAUGGAGAUAGACAUUGUACGUGCAGAGAAGAGCGAUAGAUGGGACACAGAUAUCAUAGAGCAGCUCAAACACGUUGCUUCUAGACGAGUUGAUGAAACCAAGGGGAAAGUUUCCAUUCAUGUCCUUCCAAAUUCAGGACACUGGGUUCAUGUAGACAACCCUAAAGGACUUCUUGACAUCAUGGCUCCCAAAGUUGCCUCUCUAGUUUAGGCGUUGUCGAUCUGCAGGCGUUUAAACCCCACUCUCAAAAAUAUUUGUGGAGUUAGCUAAUAUUGUUGGUCAGUUGGUGGCUGAUUUGAUGUGAGAUUGAAUUGUAGCCCAAUAAAUAAAUUCUUCUUUAUUUUAAGCAA